AUGGAAAGACUCUCAGUAUGGGUGUUUUACGUCUCAGUCUGGAGCAUCUCCACAUGCCUCCUCCAUCAGUACCACUAUGUCCAUGAAUUAAAGACUUGGACUGAAGCUCAGUCCUACUGCAGAAGACAUUACACAGACCUGGCCACUAUUGAAAACUCCUUCAAGAUGGACCAGCUGAUCAACGCAGUGUCUGGUGAAAGUGUGUCUGAGGUGUGGAUUGGUCUGUUCAGUGAAGUGGACUGGAGGUGGUCCGAUGGAUACACAGGAACAGAGUUUGUUUAUGUUAAUCAAAGUCUGAGUUGGACCGCUGCUCAGAGCUACUGCAGGUCCAACUACGUAGACCUGGCCACUGUGAAGAACCCCAGUGACGAGCAGAAGAUCCAGAAUAUUACGCUUCUCAUUCACCUACUGGUAUGA